UUCUUCUUCUGCUUUCUCUCUUCGCCUUAUUUUCCUAUUCCGGAGCAGAACUUACCCGUGGAAUAGGAAUAUGCUACGGUCAACUGGGGAAUGAUCUUCCCGUCCCUGCAAAAUCUGUGGAGCUCAUUAAUGGCCUCAAGGCGGAGCAGGUCAAGAUCUACGAUGUCAACCCGGAUAUCCUCAAAUCUCUUCAAGGAUCCGACCUCCACGUCUCCGUCAUGCUCCCCAAUGGCCUCAUCCCCAAUGUCUCCUCCAACCAGACCUUCUCAGACCGGUGGGUUCACACCAAUCUCGUCCCCUUUUACCCUAGAACCAUGAUCCGUCACCUCCUAGUCGGAAAUGAGAUUCUGAGCAGCCAGCCGAACAGUACCUGGUUCCAGCUAGUCCCCGCUAUGCGCAAUAUCCGACGAUCCGUCCGGAAAUAUCGGCUCCACAAGGUCAAAGUGGGUACCCCUCUGGCUAUGGAUAUGUUGGAGACGUCGUUCCCGCCGUCCAAUGGAAGUUUCCGGUCGGAUAUCACCGAUACCGUUUUCCGGCCUCUAUUAAACUUCUUGGCCGAUUCAAGGUCCUUCUUCUUCUUCGAUGUGUACCCGUAUUUCGCUUGGGCGGCUCAACCCGACGACAUUGACCUUGACUACACUCUGAUGAAGCACACGAAUGUGACGUAUUCGGAUCCGGGUUCGGGUUUGACUUACACGAACUUGUUGGACCAGAUGAUUGAUUCGGUAUAUUUCGCCCUGAAGCGACUCGGGCACCCGGAUCUUCCCCUGUUUAUCGCGGAAACGGGUUGGCCCAGCGCGGGCGACUCGGACCAAAUCGGAACGAACAUUUACAACGCCGCCACUUACAACCGCAAUGUCGUGAAGAAGUUCAGCUCUAAGCCGCUGGUGGGGACGCCGGCCAGGCCGGGGAUUGCUGUGCCGGCCUUCAUUUUCGCUUUGUACAACGAGAAUCAGAAGCCGGGUCCGAGAACGGAGCGGCAUUUCGGGCUGUUAUACCCGAACGGCACCAACGUGUACGAAAUCGAUCUGUCCGGCAAGACGCCGGAGUCGGAGUUCAAACCGCUUCCUAAGCCGACGAAUAACAAGCCAUUUAGGGGGAAACUGUGGUGCGUGGUGAAUACGGCGCUGUCCUUGAAUAAGACGGCGUUGACCGCCGCCUUGGAUUACGCAUGUGGGCAGGGUAAUGGGACCUGUGACCCGAUCCGACCCGGUGGCAAAUGUUACGAGCCGAACGAUCUGAUCCGAGAUGCCAGCUAUGCUUUCAGUGCUUACUGGGCACAGUUUAAGAGCAUAGGUGGGACCUGCAGCUUCAAUGGCAUUGCUCAUUCCACGCCGAAGGACCCUAGCAAUAAGUUGUGCAAGUUUCCGAGUGUCAAAAACUGAAGGAGCCUACACGAUUAUAUUCUCCAAUGAUGAACCAAGAUCCGGCAUUUUGGUGAUUGUGGAAAUGUGGAAUUUUGUCUGCUGAUGGAGCCUAUAAGUGUCAAUGAAGAAGAAUAUAAUCAUCUUUGCUUUGAUGAUUUUAUAUUGUGUUUUUUUUAAAGUACUUAGAAAGUUGGAUUGAUUUGAGAGUAGAAUCGUCACAAAUUCAUACAUGUUAUCAUUUUUUAUAUGGACGUCGGGGUUUUCAACCCAUGUUUGGUUGCUUGGUACAAUAGCGUGGUUUAUUUGAUACAAAAGCAAAAUUCUAUGAUAUGAUAGUGUUAACCGUUAAGUGUAAAUGAAUGAUGAAGAUGCUAUAUCAAGAUUAAAUACAUAAAAUAUUGAAUCUAAGAUAUAA